UUCCUUGUUAUUACGAGGAUAUCUCUGGACGACCGAGAGGGAGCAAAUGAACGAUGGCGCUCCUCGGCGUUUAUUGUCAAAUGGUCAUCAUAACUUUAUUUAUAUCCAUUCCUGGUUUGGUUUUCUGCCAGUCUUGCAAUGGUUUUCGGUGUGGUAAGUGUCUGAUUCGUUCCGGCUGUGCUUGGUGCAAGGAUCUGGACUACAAACUAAACCGAUGCGACAGUCUGGAGAAGAUGAUUGGAGAUGGAUGCACCAACAUAGUGAAGAGAGAGCCAUCUCGCAUCACCGUUACACAGAAUGACGAUUUCUCUGAUGGGGGACCGGGAUUGGAGGCUGUUCAGAUAAGGCCACAGAGGGUGAAAAUUCAGCUGACACCUAACGAUGCCGAAGUUAGGCUUCCAAUUUAUUAUAAAAUUGCUCGUAAUUUUCCACUGGAUGUGUACUUUUUAAACGACCCCUCCUACACAAUGAGGUUUCUAAUUCAACGUCUCAACGAGCUUGCCAACAGUAUUGCUGAUGACAUUUCAUUGCUAACUACUGACUUCCGGUUUGGUCUUGGUACUUCCAUGGAGAAAAACAUUUUGCCAUUUACUGACCCAAAGGGUCUGAUGUACUCUUGUACCAAUUGCGAUCCACCUUAUUCCUUUAUUCACCGCCUAUCCCUUACUAGGGAUGUUGAAGAUUUCAAGGUUGCCAUAAGUAAAGUUAAUACAACGGGAAACUUUGACAUGCCUGAGGGUUUGCUCGACGGAUUAAUGCAAGUCAUGGUCUGUGGGGAUAGGAUUGGUUGGAGAAACAAAGCCAGAAAAAUGGUGAUUUAUGCCUCGGAUAUUCAAUUCCACCAGGCAGGGGAUGGAAGGUUGGCCGGGAUUUUAGAACCCAAUGAUUGCAUGUGCCAUAUGGAUAGCACUGGAAAGUACUCCAAAGCAGAGAUUCAGGACUAUCCGUCAGUUGGACAAAUUAUACAGAAAGCACGGGAGAACAACAUAAAUAUUCUGUUUGUUAUUGGUGGUGAUGAGUCUGAACGUGUUCGAACCACCGUCUACAACAGUUUGGCCGCCGCUUUACCGGGAGGGAUUGACUUUGCGGCGGAAUUAGACACCACAUCUUCUAACAUCAUCCAAAUAAUCGGCGAAAGUUAUAGGAGAUUACGAGAUACGGUGAAGAUGGUUUCAAGUCUUCUUCCGAAGGAAAUCAUGCUUAAAAUUUAUUCAGAUUGCAACUCUGAUGGGCGCUUUAACCUGACAAAUUUGUGCACGGUCUUGAAUUUUAAUCAAACACUUACUUUUGACGCUUCCAUUCAAUCUAACCUAAAUACAUGCCCCGAGGAGAGAAACAGUUCCUUUGCGAUAUUUCCAGAGGGGUUGGAUGAGCGGGUCACUGUAAACCUGGAACAUGCGUGUGGAUGUGAUUGUCAAAUGGAACCGGAAGCGGAACCUAAAAGUUCGAAGUGUAAUGGGAGAGGACGAUACGAGUGUGGGAUCUGCAUCUGUGACCCUGGGUGGACCGGAGAGAGGUGUGACUGUGACGAGAGGGGGUCCGUGGCAGAGGCGUGUGGUACAGAACAAGGAAUCUGCAGCGGUGUCGGAAACUGCACGUGUGGAAAAUGUGAAUGUUCUCCGGGUUUCGACGGAGAAAAGUGUGAAUGCAGUGACCGGAACUGUCGCUCUUACAAUGGUUUGUUAUGUGGUGGACCAACUAAUGGCAAUUGUGACUGUGGAAAAUGCGCUUGUUAUUCGAAUUUUACCGGGGAGACUUGCGAAUGUUCGACAUCCACGGGCAUGUGUAUGACCGAAAAUAAUACUCUUUGCUCAGAAAAUGGCAUUUGUGAAUGUGGAGAAUGUAUUUGCAGCGCAGGAUUUACAGGAAACCAUUGCGAGCGAUGCAAGAACUGUCCUGCAAUCUGUGAAAUUCAGUACAAUUGUGUUGAAUGCGCUGGAUUUAACCAGGGACUUUACAAUCAGAGCAUAUGUGAUCAAAGAUGUAAGAAUGUUGAGAUCGUUUCUCUCUUACAGGAAGCAUCAUUUAGUAAAGACCUGACCAUAACGGGUUGUGUCCUACGAGACAGAUUUGGAUGCAUCAUCAAGUUCAAUGUCCACGAUUCUGAAAAUGAACAGACCAUAAAAAUCAAAUCAUUGAGAGAGUGUCCCCCAAGCCCACCCGACCCGCUGAUUAUUGGGGCCAGUGUGUCAGGGGCUGUCGUGCUGAUAGUCCUCCUGUGUAUUCUCAUCUGGAAACUCCUUACCAUGUUUUAUGAUAAUAUGGAAUAUUCAAAGUUCGAACACGAUUUGAAGAACCCGGCUUGGGAAACGACUGAAAAUCCAAUCUACAAAGAAUGUAUAACGAGUUUCGAAAACCCCAUGCGUGAAGCCAAUGUUGAAGAAAGCAGUUAAGAUAUCUUGGAGAAAGGCAGCUUAAACUGCAGAAGUUCCUUUGAAUUCUUAAAAGAAAGUUUGCAAUUGAAUGUAAAAUAAUUUUAAAAAGCAUUAUGUAAACACUAACAGUAACUUAUUUUAUUGCUUGCUAAAUAUCAUUUUAUGCAUGUAUAUCUAGACGCGCGAAUUUGAAAUUUUAUUAUAUGAUAUAACAUAUUUACAUGUAACCAUAUAAACAUAACAAUUUGUAGAUCGCAUUAACUCUCGUUUUUUAUAUCAUUUUGUAUUUUCGGUUUAAUUUAUAUAGCAUACGUUUAUUUUAAUCAACCAACUGCGUUAAUAAACCUUGUCGGUCUAACAUGUUUAAAUGUCUUCGAAGAUACAGAAUGCAUGUACAUAUAAGUAUAUAAACAGCAUACAUUGUUACGUUGCAUAAUAUUACUAUUCUUGUUAUCUACAGGUACGUAGCAUCGUUUUUGAAAGUGGGGGGGAGGCAGACUCAUCCGAAA